AUGAAAUUGUAUUUUGAUCAGAAGAGUGAUAUCAUAAUUUAAGAUGAAUUCAAAAAUAUUGAUGUCACUAAUUGGUAUGAAUUUAUCAGUAUAAAAAUAUCUUAUUAAUAUAGGUAUUAUAUUAUUAAGUGUAGGUGCAAACUAUUUAUUGAUUAAUAUUUUUCAGAAAAUCCAAAAUUUAUUUUUAUGGAAAAUGGAUGAUAGAAAAAAUAAUCCAUCUAAAAUGUUAACUGUUAAUUGCUUAUUAGUAAUCACAAUAAUAUGUAAAUUAAAAAAAUAUCUAAGUUAAAAUCUUUUCAUGUUAUUAUUAAAUAGCAGCUUAUUUAUUUAGUUAAUUUUGGAAUUGGAAUUGCGAGUCAUAAAUAUCAUAAUUAACUAUUUCACCAUAAUUUUACAUUAUUAUUUAAAUUUGUUAAGUCUAAACUUUGAAUCUUACAUUUUGUUUUUGCAGUAAUUUGUGGCUUAAAUUAUGGAGACUGAAGUUGAGAAUUGAACAGAAAAAAUCCCUUUUAGAAUUAACUAAUAUUGUAUAAAUUUUUCUAUCCGUAUUAAUCGUAUUAAUUCCGAUUCUUACCAUAGUUUCAUUAAUUUUAGAAUCAUAUAUUAAUAACAUUAGAGAAUAUUGUUUGGGUGCUUUAACUAUGUUAAGUACAGUUUCUUUUGCUGCAAUUUGUAUUAUUUUAUAUACAAAACUCAGAGAUUAAUAUAAUGUUUGUGAUCGUUAUAGAGCUGUAAAAAUUAAUGAAUAUUUUAGAAUUUAAAAUUUUUAUCAAUAGCAGUAAUAAGUUGCACUCUACUUCGACCAUCAUUUAAUUUUUUAUUCUCUUAGGAAUUCUUUUGGAAAUUGAAACCAGGACUAGAAUGCAAUAAAGAUGGUGUAAUUACAAUAAAUUUACCUGAUUAAGGGUUUACAUGGUAUUAAAUAAAAAGAUUUGUUAAUAGGGCACUUUUCUAAUUAAUUUAUACUUGUAUCACAGAUUUCAUUCCUGUUUAUAUAUUAUCAUUGUUAUUCUCUCCAAAUAUAACAAAGAGGAAAACUUUAGUAACUACUAGCAAUAGUUCUGAUCCUGAUUAAGAAUGA